CUGAGCUUACGUCUUCAAUAUGGAUUUAAAAGCUGUUGUUGUUUCUGGAGAAGCAUCAGAAUCUGAUGAUGAUAAUGGAAGCAUUGUUACCGAUACAGGAUUUCCUUCUGUACAAACAUCUAAGUAUUGUGGUACUAUAAUUUCUGGGGAAGCUUCAGAAUCUGAUGAUGAUGGGACAAGUUUCAGUAGUGUCGUUGAAGCAGUCGAUGCUAUGGCUUGUAUGCCUUAUGCUGAAGUUAAAGUCCAAAAAUCCAAAACAUCUUCUAUAAAAUACAAUAGUUUACUUCAUAAGAAAUUACAUGAAUGUAAUAAAAGAUUGGACAAAGACUUGACACAAAUGGUUGAAUCAACAGUUGACAAUGCCAUUCAAGAAUUAUCAACCGUUAAUCGGCAACUGUUAAAAAAUGAAUUGAUUCUUCAAGAAUCUGUUUGUCAAUUACGCAGCGCUUGCAACCGAACGAAAGAUGUUUUAAAUGCAUUACAGCAACUCGUAGAUGGCAAUUUUUUACAUUCAAUUAAAACUUAAUUUAUGUAAAUAUAUUUUCUUACAUAUUAUUAUUCAAAUAUAUAAUAGAU